AUGUCGACCGGGUCUGCUGCCAGCCUGGAGGCUCCUGCUGUGACCGAGGCCCCUGAGCAGAAGAAGCCUCUGAAGGCAUGCUGUGCUUGUCCAGAGACUAAGCAAGUCAGAGAUGCUUGCAUCAUUGAGAAGGGAGCGGAAAGCUGCACUGAGCUGAUCGAUGCACACAAGGACUGCAUGAGGGCUCUUGGAUUCAAGAUAUAA